AUGUUACCUCUUAUUUUCUGUUCAGGUCGUGAAUAUGGCUUGCAGUUCCACGACACAUAUUUUGAGCCUGCUCCUGAAGUCACGGAAGCUUUACGACGUCUCAAUUUGAAGGAACCUCAUCUUUUCGAUCAGAGAAAGAUGCGUCUUUCUCAUGCUCACACGUUAGCGCUUCAUGGAGAAAGGCUACCGAGGGAGAAAUGGACUCAGUGGGAGCAAGAGACAUGGUAUCUGAAGCCGUACUUGGAUGAAAUCGAAGCUGAAAAGAAGGCGAGAGCGGAGACUACCGGGUUGAUUCCUCCCUACGAAAUGAAACAGAACGAGGGACACUGA